AUGCUGCGCUCUUCACAAAAACAACCUCUCAAUCUCGGAGAAUGGCUUGGCUCUCCGCAAAUUCCAUAUCACGCUUCGUCGUCGUCGUCGUCUUCUUCGCACCCGGAAGCUCACUUUUUCGACUCAUCUCAGAUUCAUAACUCGAGUAGCGUCCAGUCUCAAUCCUUGCCUUCCGUGAACUCAUAUAAUUUGCCAAUUGGUUACCCAAAUCCACAUGGGUCUCCAAACUCCUCCGAGCAAUCUGACGCUCCGGCAGAACCUUUUGAUUUUCCACAAAACUCUGGGGAGGGGAACCACAGCCUUUUACCACAAGCAUAUCCACUCACCGAUCAUCUCAUACCAAGCGCUUCAGUGUGGAAAGGGAGGCGACACAAAAAUCCAUCAGAGGCUGCCUCUGACCGAAGCUCAAACUCAGAAUCACAAUGGAACUUUUGCAUUACCUCCGAAAACACAGCUAAUCGAACCGCUCGUGCGACGAUGUCACGCAACUUGAUCCGCAUAUACCACGACAGCAUGGAAAAUGCUUUAUCAUGCUGGUUGACAGAGCACAACUGCCCUUACAGCGACUCAAUCGGUCAAGUGAUUCCCCGCCAAAAUAUGAAAGAGUGGGGUCCGAGUUGGUCAAACAGAAUGUGUAUCCGGGUCUGUCAGUUGGAUCGUGUAUCAUCCUCAAUACGUGGUAGAGCGUUGAGUACAGAUGAAGAUAUGAAGGCGGCUCGAGCGCUUCAUUUAGCAAUCAUGUCAUUUGCAUCGCAGUGGACACAACAUGCACAAAAGGGCGCUGGUGCGCCAGUUCCCGCGGAAAUCGAUCACGAUGAGAGAUCAAUCCGAGAGAAAGUUUGGAACGAAGCACGGCAUGCUUUGGAGUAUUCGAGUAGCAUUCCGUCUUUUCGUAUCGCCUUCGCAAACAUUAUCUUCUCUUUAACGCAAAGUCCCCUGAACAAAGAUCAGGAAGCGAGCUUGGGUGAGCUUUUGGAGAAUGAUUGUGCGCCAAUAUUUCUGGAAACCGCCAAUCGCCAACUUUUCACUUUUCGCCACAAGUUCACAAGAUUGCAGCGAGAAGCUACCCCCAAGCUGAGAGGGCUCGAGACAAGUUCAAUAGACCCGACAACGACGAACAUUCUAGGAAUGCCACAGCCGUCAGAGUCCCCACAACUCGAUCCACUUCUAGCUAGCCAGGAACACCGCACUACCCUAGAUCUCAUGUUUUGGCUAGGCAUUAUGUUUGAUACUUUGAGUUCUGCAAUGUAUCAACGUCCUUUAGUAGUUUCGGAUGAGGAUAGUCAACUCUCAUCGGUCUCACCACCAAUCGUUGAACCUGAAAACCAGCUUGACCUUGAUCAUUGGGAUAUCCCAAGCAGAGCACGUGGGAAACAAGAUGUGUGGGGUGAUCUCUUUCUUUGUUCUGCAAUCAAACGUCAAGAGUCGAACCAAGUGCCACCGAAGUGGCCAUGCUCCUACGAAGAUGCCGCAUCCAUACUCUCUGAGGCAACUCCUGUCAAAGUGCUACUUUACCGCCGGGUGACACAACUCCAGACUUUGGUCUACCGAGGCGCCAGUCCCGACCACCUCGAGGAUGUCAUCCAAAAGACCCUCCUGGUCUACCAAUACUGGGAUUCCACGUAUCAGAGUUUCAUGAUCGAUUGCGUCACUAAUCAUGAACUGCUCCCUUCCCGCAUACAGUCGUGGUACGUUAUUCUCGACGGCCACUGGCACCUCGCUGCGAUGCUUCUGGCAGAUGUUCUAGAAAGCAUCGACAAGUGCAGGCUCGGCAGUGAUGCUGCACGUGAAGCUCGGCAAACUACGCACUUGGUUGCUACGCUUAGAGCGAAUAAUGCAUUGGCAGUUGGAGGGCUUGCCCGAGCUUCGAUACAAGGACAAGACUCGUUUAUGAACAGGCAUUUCCAUGAUUCUCUUAGUGAAGUGGCCUUCCUUGUUGAACCUUGGACGGCUGUGCUGGUGCAUUCUUUUGCCAAGGCGGGCUAUAUUUUGCUGGAAAGUUUGGACAAUUCCACAGAUCAAAAUGUAUACACUGAGUGUUUACGGCAAAAUUGUGAGUUUUCGAUACGUGCGCUUCAAUAUCUUGGAAGAAAGUCCGAUAUGGCUUUUUUGGUGGCUAGGAACAUGUCAAGGUCUUUGGAAUCAAAGCUUGCCUGA